UGGUGGUUAAUGUGCAGCUGUGUGUUUCCAUCUCAUAAAUUCACUCCCAUAUCGGCCGUAAUUUUGACCUCGUAAAGGAAGAGGACGAAUUUUUCCAAUGAGUACGAUCACAGUUCGACGUUCCCAACAGGAGUAUGUUGUACCUACUAGUAGCACACAGGAUCCCCAGCCGUCCCCCUUAGCUCUACUCGCCGCAACAUGCAGCAAGAUUGGAGCUCCAGCGAGCAACCCUGGCGGUGCACAAACCGUCAAUCAGGCCCAGGGGACAGCGAACCAAGUACAAGGAACCCCGACUGAACUAGUAGCCGGCCACAACAUCGUCCAGAUCGUCGACUCCGGGGCCAAGCAUCAGCAGGCCGGCCAGAUCACAGCCUUCCCCACUGGCGGCCUGCAGCUUCUUCAGCAGCAGCCUGGCCAAGUGAUCGCCACUCCCACAGGGGGAGGAAAUUUCACCUACAGCCUCAUGCCCCAGGCCCAGACAGUCAUGGUGGACGGUCAAGAGGCCCUGUUCAUCCCCACUACUCCCACAACACCGACCAUGGUCCCGGCCGGACAGACAUACGUCACCGGUUCUGGGCAGAUCAUACGCCCUCAGUCCACUCCUACAACUCCCUCAAAUCAUGUACUUCAGAAUGCCAAUUUUGCUGCAGGUGGGGGUAUGACACUCACCAACUUUGGGGGUAAUCUUGUUAAUGUUGCUGUUCGCCCUAAUGUUGCUCAAACAGUUCAGAUGCCCAUACAGUUACAGCAAGUUGGACUGCAGCCACAGAUUAUUCAAAUACCGGUGUCUACUGCCAAUGGCCAGACUGUAUUACAGACCAUUCAAAUCAACACCCCAGUGCAGACUGUUCAGAAUGCAUACCAAUCUCCCAUGCAGCUCACCCCAGUCUAUCAGUUUGCCUCAUCUGCUGCAUCAACAACCACACCAUCACCAUCAACGGUUACAGUAGCAAACACGACAUCAGCAGUGGCAAUGACAUCUGCAGCAACCAUGGUUACCCAGGCUACAACCAAAGCAACACAAAAGUCAAAAUCAACACCCACAAAAAAUGCCACUGUGCACACUACAGCACCAACUGUUGCCCCUAUUCAAAAUAUUGUCGUGCCGACUCAUGUUGUACCUCAAACAUUGUCAGUAGUCGCAACACAGACAACGCCAACAGUCACGGGAUCAACAGCGACAACUGUUGUCAGUUCUUGCUCUCCAGCAACAUCCGUAAUAUCGCUUCAAAAUUCUUUUGUCACGACGCCAAGUUUGACCAACAACGCUGUUGCAAUGUCUUCAGUGGACUCUCAGAAUACUUUUACAUUUUUGUCUCCGCAAGGGGCUGUUUUGUCUCCUAAUAUGUUGCAGAAUUUCGCUAUACCAAACAUCCAGCUGUCUGGCCAGCCUCAACUGGUGCAGCAGGGGCCCUUCAUACAGGCCGUCAUGCCAAAUAAUGUCAUACGCACCACUAACAACCUACAAGGUAUUCAAAUACAAGGACUGCAAGGGGUGCAAAAUAUUCAGACUCUUCAGAAUAUGCAGACCCUUGGUAACCAACCACAAAUUUUAACAGCUGCUGGUCAGCCAGUGGGUGGACUGACCAUCAUGCAGGGGUCAGGAGCGUCAACACCAACCCCUGCUGGACUGACUGUAGCGCAGGUGUCGCAAAUAGCACCACAGGUUCAGCCCAUACAGAACAUAAACAAUGGAGAUAGCAGCCAAGGCAGUGAAGGAGGAACUCAGAUACUGAGCCAAGCCCUAGACCAGGACCCUAAUGGACCAAUUAAAUGGCAGGUGAUGAACUCCGCCCCCUCAGAUCCCCUCAGCCCCACCCAGUCUGCUAUAAACAUUCACAUGGAGCCCAGUCCAGGAAGGAGGCUCAGAAGAAUUGCAUGCACUUGUCCCAAUUGCAAGGAUACGGAUAACAAAAAUGUAACCGGGGACAACAAGAAAAAGCAGCACAUUUGUCACUUUGAAGGUUGUAACAAAGUGUACGGCAAGACCUCUCACCUGAGGGCACACUUGAGGUGGCAUUCGGGAGAGAGACCAUUUGUGUGUAGCUGGUUGUUCUGUGGCAAGAGAUUCACACGGUCAGAUGAACUGCAGAGGCAUAGGAGGACACACACAGGAGAAAAGAGGUUUGUGUGUCCACAGUGUUCCAAGAGAUUCAUGCGAAGUGACCAUCUGUCCAAGCAUAUCAAGACACACCAGACAAAGUCAGCGCAGAAACCAGAUGUUGAAGAUGAUAACAGUCUGGACAUUGAAGCCUUUGCAGCGGGAGAGACUGAGGCGCCAAAUCUUAACGUGUCAGACUCCUCACUACCAGGGUCAGACUAAGUCCCCAAGGUCUUGUUAAUGGGUCAGAAAUUUGAGAAGACAAGGGAAAAGAUGGGUUAACCCGGUGUGUCCAAACUACACUUCUCUUACACUGGUUUCCGGUUCUCAAAAAAAAUGAACACGGAAAAUGUAUUCGGUGCUUUGUCAACACAUGCUUUGAAAUCUUGCAGAGAUCAGUGAGUGCAGUUUGCUGCAUUGGUUAAACUCCUUGGCUUGUACCAGGUGCUGGCACUUACACAGUAAUUAUAAUAACAAUAAUGUUUAAAAUAUGUAUUCUUAACAGUUAAAGAGGAAUAAUUAUAUUUUACGUGCAUUUUAAAAGAGGCAGGUCUUUCUCUUGAACUAUUAAAUGCACAGUGUUAAGGUUAGCAUUUUGCUGAAAGGGGGUUUGAGGAAAGAGGAUGAAAAAGAUUUUUCCUUUUUCAAUUUAUGAUAACUUUACAACCAUGACAUUAUUUUUAAUAAAUUGUUACUCAGUUUAGGGUAUGUGAAGCUUUUUAUAUGGUAAUAGCUAGUAAAGAAGGCACCAGCUGUUGUGUACACAUUAAAGUUUGUAACAAGAUUCUCUCAUUUUGUUUACAGCUCUGGUGACGAUUUUGGAAAUGUGCGUAGUCGAAACUUACAUACUUUUUCUAGUCCUUCUUUUUCAACAUUACAAUAAUAUUUAAGUUGCUGGACCAGUGUUGUUUUUGUAAUAUCUUUGUAUUCUACUUUACAAGAGAGUUAUUAUUAUUAUUAUUAUUGUUUUUUUUUUUUUGUUUGUUUUUUUUAAAGUUAUCUGCAUCUAAAUGCAGUAUGUCAUGUGAAAUGUAGAUAAUUUAUGAUGAUUUACUCAACAGUGUAUUGUUGAGGAUCAUUGAAAAACAUAAGAUAAUUCCAGGAAGUGUUUGUAAAUAUUUUGAAAAUUUUAAAUGUCUAUAGUAAGUAGAGUUGAGAAAGAUACUAAAUAUUGUACAUGAUAAUGGGACAUCAAAAUGUUACAUGAAGAAAAUGUUUAUAAAUUGAUAUGCUGCAGCAGAGUUUUGAAGUUGGUAACACAUUUCUUUCAUAUUACUUUUAUUACUGUAAA